AAAAAAAACAGCAAAACAUGUCUCGCAAAGUCUUAACUUUCGUAACCGGCAACGCUAAAAAGCUCGAAGAGAUCAAAGCGAUUCUGGGAACAACUUUUCCACUCGAUAUCACUUCCGUUAAAAUCGAUUUGCCGGAAUGGCAGGGAGAAAUUGACGAAAUUUCCAUCAAAAAAUGUCAGGAAGCUGCCAAGCAUGUGAAUGGACCGGUUGUUGUUGAGGAUACUUCGCUUUGUUUCAAUGCGUUGAAAGGACUUCCAGGCCCUUAUAUUAAGUGGUUUUUGGACAAAUUAGGGCCCGAAGGUUUACAUAAAAUGCUCGAAGGAUGGGAAGACAAAAGUGCGGAGGCAGUUUGUACCUUUGCGUAUUGCGAAGGAGGCGAUUCUGAAGUGAAAUUGUUUCAAGGAAGGACCCAGGGGAAAAUUGUGUUCCCACGAGGAUCUCGGGAUUUCGGUUGGGAUCCCAUUUUUCAACCAACUGGUUAUGAAAAAACUUAUGCUGAACUGCCAAAAGAGGAAAAAAAUAAAAUUUCUCAUCGUUUUCGGGCUCUAGAUCAGUUGCGGGAUCAUUUCUUGAAGCAAUGAAAAUAAAUUUUUCAGUAGAUUGA